CCCAUUAAGUAGCCCAGCCCAAUAUUCCGUUUGAAGCGAUAAAACCUAAUAAAACCCCAACACACUCUUUCUCUCUCUUCCUCAACUCGGCCAUUCAUUCCUCUCUGCUCGUCUUCUUCAUCGUCUUCCAAUUUUAUUAGUUAUGUGUUUGGAACAUGAUAAAAUCCCAAAUAUGAGAAAUUUGUGAGUGUCAAAUUCACAAUUUGUGAUUCCCAGAACUCUCAAUCUGAAGACAUGGAGAUUAAUUUGGGGUCAUUGCCAUUUGACAUUGAUUUUCAUCCAUCAGAUCACCUUCUUUCUGCUGCACUCAUUACCGGCGAUCUUCUCCUGUACCGCUACACUGCUGAUUCCACUCCUCAAAGGGUGCUGGAAGUGCACGCCCACACAGAAUCUUGCAGAGCUGUUCGCUUCAUUAACGAUGGCCGGGCUAUUGUGUCGGGAUCACCGGACUGUUCAAUUCUAGCCACAGAUGUUGAAACCGGUUCUGCCAUUGCUCGUCUUGAGGAUGCUCAUGAGGAUGCCAUUAACAAGAUAAUCAGUUUAACGAAUUCUACCAUUGCUUCUGGUGAUGAUGGUGGUUGUAUUAAGGUUUGGGAUACCAGACAACGCACUUGCACAAAUUCUUUUAAAGUUCAUGAAGAGUACAUUUCUGACAUGACUUUUACAUCCGAUUCCAUGAAGCUUUUGGGAACAAGUGGAGAUGGGACUCUAUCUGUUUGCAAUCUUCGAAGAAACAAGGUCCAAUCUCAAUCUGAGUUUUCAGAAGAUGAGCUACUUUCCGUUGUUAUCAUGAAGAAUGGUCGAAAAGUUGUUUGUGGAUCACAAACCGGAACACUCUUACUGUACUCUUGGGGAUAUUUUAAGGAUUGCAGUGAUCGGUUUGUUGAUCUCUCUCCGAACUCGGUUGAUGCUUUGCUAAAGCUUGAUGAAGAUAGAAUUAUUACUGGAUCAGAGAAUGGACUCAUCAACCUGGUAAACAUAUUACCCAACAGAAUUGUUCAACCAAUUGCAGAACAUUCAGAGUACCCUGUUGAACGCCUCGCUUUUUCCCAUGAUAGAAAGUUUCUUGGAAGUAUAGCACAUGAUCCGGUGAUGAAGAUAUGGGAUUUGGAAGAUAUAUUACAAGGUUCGGAAAAUAAUACAGGGAGUCAAGCCGCUGCCGCAGAAGACAGCGACGACGGUGAAAUGGAUGUAGAUGUCAAUCCGCCAAAGUCAACCAAAGGGUCUAAAACUAAAAAUUCAAGCACAGACAAUAGUUUUUUCUCUGACUUAUAGCAAGGCAGCAAUUUUUAUUUUUAUUUAUGUCAGAUGAGCUUAUUUAUUUUUUUGGCUUUAGUUUUGUACACUUAAAAAGGUCACCUUUUUAUAAUUUUGCUAAAGGAUUGCUGUAUAUUCCAAUUUUGUAUGGUCAUUAAAAUGGUCUUGUAUUGCAAUCGAUAGAAAUUAGCUUGGUCUUUUUUAUUGUUAUUAUUACUUUUGAAUUUCAUGACUCUUUUUUCUUGCCAUAGAAAAA